AAAAAAAGAAAAUUUAAACUACAAUCGAUUAUAAAGAAUUUUCGCGCGUUAAAUUUAAUAGCAACGUUCCUUCAAUCGGUAACUUAACCUCGAAAGAGAACCAACUUGAGAGUGAGUACGUGCAUUCGAAGCAAUGACAGAUGGCGCCGUUUUCAAGGCCAUUGUACGUCGUCGUCGUUGUCGUCCUCGUCGUCCUCGAGUAUUCGCCGUUGACGUCGUCGUCGUUGUCGUUGUCAUCGUCAAACGAAGAAAAGAGACGUAGAAAAUCGGAAUGAUGAAUUAAAGGUAUCGCGGUGAGAGGUUUGUCCGGAUUAUAACGUGGAAAAUAAAAGGAAAGAAAAAAGAGUUUAGAAUGCGGACCAAGAUUGAAGAUAAGAUAACGUGUAUUUCGGCAAAAUAGAUCAGAUCUAAUCUUAUAUUAGUGUGGUCAAAGUUUCGCUUGUUGCACGCAGUUGCCUAGGCGACUAAAAGAGGGUCCCCUUUUAUUACUAACGUACGUUAUACGUGCAUGCUCCGAAAAAGUGUGCUAUGAGAGUGGAUCGACGCCAAUCGUCGAGAUGUCGAUUUUCAAGUUCCUUCGAUGAUUAUUCAAUGUUCCUAAAUCGAUCGAUUUGAAGAAAAAAAGAAAAAAAAGAAGGGAGAGUUGACGAGGCGGGGUGGAAGAGGUGAAAAGGGGAAGGCAGGAAGGAAACAAGGAGAAAGAGAGAGAGAGAGAGAGAAGAAAAGAAAGAAAGAGAAAGAGUGUGAAAUAAAGUGAAAGACAGGCAGGGAGAAAAAAAUAAAGAGAUCAUGGACUAUCCGAUUUUAAAUCACUACGACCCAUCCGUAACGGAUGAGACAGCCGGUAAUGGUGUAGACCAGCAAGAACUACUUUGGGGAGAAUCAAAUUAUGUAUUACCAAGCGAUGAGUAUAUGCCUGCACCUGAACAAUUUGAAGAGGAAUUUAUAGGAGCUGAAUUUCGUGAAACUCGAACAUUGCUCGCAGAUGGGGGAGAUAGGUUUGGAGUUUCCACUGCUACUUUCGAUACCAUCGAGGAACUUAUGUGGAUGGGAAAUCAAGGGGGUCACGUAACAUCUUAUUAUGGUCCUGGCUUACAAAAAUAUACUUCCUUCCAAGUACACGCAACACAGGAAGUACGACAAAUUCAUCCGCUAGAUGAAGGAAUUUUGGUGCUCACUCAAAGCAUAUUGCGAUGCCAAUUAAGACGUGGCAUACCAAUAUUCACACAUAUGUCAUCGAACAUGGUAGAUAUGCAAUGCAUGCUUCAAAUUUCUCCAACUAGAAUGUUAAUGGGAGGACAUCAAGAAAAAAUCAUUGAUUUUAAUCUUACUAGAGGAAAGGAGACUGGAUUAGUUCAUGUGGGAGAAAAUGGUUGUGCAAUAUUAAGGCAGCAUAGUAGACUUAUAUGUGCUGGUAAUCCAGCAGGAAGAAUUGAUCUCAGGGAUCCAAAUACGUUAUCUAUAGAACAUACUUUUGAUACUCAUAGCGGUUCCCUUAGUGAUUUUGAUGUUCAGGGAAAUUAUCUUGUUACCUGUGGUUUCAGUCAUAGUCGUCAGGGUCUGACAGUAGACCGAUUUUUGAUGGCAUAUGACUUAAGACAAAUGCGAGCUUUAAGUCCUGUUACAACAUUGGUGUACCCUCUUCUCUUAAAAUUCCUCCCAAGCUAUUCCAGCCGACUUGCAGUUGUUUCUCCUUUAGGACAAAUGCAAUUGCUUGAUACAAUCUAUGCCAACGUACAACAACCUUUAACAUGUUUAUAUCAGGUUGCCACUAAUGGAGGGCUUAUACUAUCGUUUGAUGUAUCUUCUACAUCUCAAUGUCUUUGUUUUGGAGAUUCUGGAGGAUCUAUACAUUUAAUGUCUACAAAUACUUCUGAACCUCAGUUUAAUACAUUUUCAAGACCUACAGAAUUUGCUGAUCCUGUUGAUUCUCUUCAACCUAUACCAUUUGAUGAUGAUCUUACACCAUUCAGUGCCAUACCUGUGAUGUAUACCGGACAUCCAUUACUAAGUGAUUGGCCAGAAGAAUUAUUAAAGAAAAUUUACAGGAAAACUCCUCCAAUUGAUUCUGAAGUCCUGCGCACAAUGAAAAUGCAAGGAACAAUAGGUUAUGCUCCAAAUCCUCAGGCUUUUCGACGUAAUCAAAUACCUUACAAUUUGGAAAAACGACGUGGCGUAGUUGCAAAACUUUUCGCGUCAGAUUCACGAGCUAAAACAGAUGACGGAACUUUUGUGGCAAUACCAAAGCGUUAUCGUAAAAUUGAGGUCAAGUAUUCACGAAUCGGUUACGAUGAAUUCGAUUUUGAUCAAUACAAUCGGACCAAUUUUUGCGGUCUCGAAGCUACACUUCCAAAUAGUUAUUGUAAUGCGAUGUUACAGUUAUUUUAUUUUUGUGAACCUGUAAGAGUUGCAUUACUUUCACAUUCAUGCCAAAGAGAAUUUUGUUUGUCGUGUGAACUGGGAUUCCUUUUUCACAUGUUGGAUACAUCACGUGGAUUACCCUGUCAAGCAGCCAACUUUCUUAGGGCUUUCAGAACUGUCCCAGAGGCAGCAGCUUUAGGUCUUAUUUUAAGUGACUUGCAUCCAGAGGCCAAAAGGAAAACAAGUUUAGUCAGAUUAAUCCAGAGUUGGAAUCGAUUCAUUCUUCAUCAGAUACACUACGAAAUUCUAGAAACUAGAAAACGCCAGCAGGAAAAAAAAGAAGCGGUACGUUUGAAAUCGGGACCUAAAUGUGCACCAUUUGUUUAUAAUGAACAAGAUUUCCCAAGCAUUUUACAGGAUCUCGGUUCUCGAUAUAAAAGUCAUGAUAAAGAAAGGAAGAAAAGGAGAAAGCAAGAGGAGGAUGGUAAAUAUAUGUGGAUAAGAUCGAAAGUAGAUCAAGGUAAUAAAAAGUCUCCUGAAGAAAAUGAAGUGCGAGAUGAGGAAACGGAAAUCAGUCGGCUAUUUGGAUCUGAACAAAUGCACAUACAUCGUUGUCAGAAAUGUGGACAAGAAGCUACUAAACAUUCUAUCAUGUUACUAUGUAAUUUAGUGUACCCUGAAAUAGUCAAUCCAUCAGAAGAGAUUCCAUUUACAAACAUACUGGAACGAAGCUUGAGACCAGAAAAAAUCACUCCUGCAUGGUGCGACGAAUGUCAAAAGUUUACACCUACUCUUCAAUCUCGACAAUUGACCAAGUUACCUCAAAUAUUGGCCUUAAAUUGUGGUUUAGAUACGCAGCAGGACAAAGCUUUUUGGCAAAAUCAAAUGGAUAUCGUCGUCCGGAAAGUUUUGAAUAAUAAGGAAGCUAGUCCUUCAUCCAGUCCUGUUCCAAUUACUGUUAAACCAUGUCGAUAUGGUAGCAAUUGUACCAGAGUUGGUUGUAGAUUCAGGCACAUUGGACGAGAUUCAGAAACAUUGACGGUAUCACCUGCUACACCUCUUUCAAAUAUAACUACCACGACUACUUCAACACCUCCGAGUCAUCUGUAUUAUUCACAUUCAUGGAUUCCUCAUAAUAUUAAAAUUUCUAUAAAUGAAAACGGCGUAUUGUCAGUUGAAAAAAUAACUUCACCAAAGAUCGAUGAUAGUAAUGCAACUGUACUAGAAAAUGGACAAGAUGAUAGCAAUACGCAAAAAACUUCUAAUACCAUAGAAAUAAUUCAAGAUAAAAAUGAAAGUGAAAAUGCAGAGACAGAAAAGAAGAUUGAAGAACAAACAACUAGCUUGACGAGUAAAGCUCAAUACAGCCUUAGCGCGGUUGUGUGUUAUGUGGAUGAUAAAAAUAACGAAGAAAGAAGAAACCUUGUCGCGUUAUUACGUGUUGAUCCUAACUAUCAUAAACGAUCAACAGGUAGUGCGGUAUCUCAAUGGUAUAUUUUCAACGACUUCUGUAUAUCUCCAGUAACACCACAGGAAGCGGUUUGGUUUAAUCUUGAUUGGAAAGUACCAUGUGUUCUUCAUUAUACAAUAAUUCCAACACCAGAACCAUCGACAUAUGUAAGUCCACUUACUUAUGAUGUCUUUGGUGAGGACAAAUGCAUUGCACGUAGUGGAGGAACAACAGGUAUUACGUUCACACCUCUUUCGUCGGAUGAAAUGCCCAAGAAAGGAGAACUAGUAGGAAUCGAUGCCGAAUUUGUUACUUUAAAUCAAGAGGAGUCAGAACUUCGAAGCGAUGGAAAAAUGUCUACAAUUAAACCGAGUCAUAUGUCUGUUGCGAGGAUUACUUGUAUACGAGGACAAGGUCCUCUCGAAGGCACACCCUUUAUUGAUGAUUACAUUAGCACACAAGAACAAGUGGUUGACUAUCUUACGAAAUUCAGUGGAAUUCAACCGGGUGAUUUGGAUGCCAAUUUCAGUAGUAAACAUCUUACAACGCUCAAGUCGACCUAUCAAAAAUUAAGAUUUUUAGUGGAUAAUGGUAUUAUAUUCGUCGGUCAUGGAUUAAAAAAUGACUUUAGGGUAAUUAAUUUGGUCGUGCCUCCAGAGCAAAUAGUAGAUACAGUAUGGCUGUUUCAUCUACCUCAUCAUCGUAUGGUAUCGUUACGAUUUCUAACGUGGCAUUUCUUAGGUAAAACAAUACAAUCUGAAACACACGAUUCUACGGAAGAUUCACGAGCUGCUCUGGAGUUAUAUCGUAAGUACAAAGAACUGGAAAGUUCAGGAAAAUUAGCAGAUAACCUCAAAGAACUUUAUACCGUAGGGACCCAAUUACAAUGGAAAGUACCAGAUAGCUGAUAUGAGGUUAGUAAGUGUAACAAUGAAACUGAGAACAUUGAAUUAGAAAACGAUAAUGAGGUCCAAGUGAUAAAUGCAUUUGAGUGUAUAAUAGGCCAAGUAAAUAGUUCAAAAAUUAAUUCGUCUGACAAACUUUAAAUUUAAAAACGUUGAUUAAUCCAAUUAAGUUCUUUUCUUUUUUACUUUUUCUUUUUUACGGCGAUAAAACGUUCUAUCUAUUACAUAUGUACAAAAAUUAAUUUUAUAACGGAAGAGAAUAUGAACAAUUUUCGAGGAUAAAAACGAUUAAUAUGGAAAUUAAAAUUACGGGUAAAACAUGUUAAUAAUUUGUUUAAAAAAAAUUAGGUAAAAAAAAAGAAAAAAAAAAUAAGAGCUUACUUUAAUCUAAACCAAGUCAGAAAUUUGUCGUUUAUCAUGAUUCGUUAUCAAAAUAUAUCGGAAUUCUUGUUACAUCGAAAUUCAUUAUAAAUUAUAGAGAACAUUUCAUGAAACAAGUAGGUGAAUUAAUAUAACGAAAUUUCUUGUUAAUUAAAAUUCAGAAACAUGGUAUCUAAAUUGUUAAUAAUCAAUAGUGAGAAUUGUACAUAAUGUUCCAUAGCAUAUUAGCAUAUCGAAGAUCAGAAAUUGUUUUUCACGCUGUUCCAUUUGUUCGACGUUUCCUUUUAUUUUAUUUUUUUUUUUUUUUCAUAUUUUAACAAUUUCGACAAUAUCGUUAAUUAUAUUAAUACGAAACGAACUUUUUAAUAAUGUGUGUGUAUAGAAAUAGUAAUCGGUAUCAUGGCAAUAUUUUACCGUGACAAAAUAACAUGUACACGAUCGUAAUCAUUUCCUUGUAUAUGUACGCUCUAUCGGGACAUAAUGAUACUUUUUUAUCCUCUUUGGAUACAAUAAUUAAUGUAUUU